AUGGGAAUACUUUUCAUUGAACUUUUGAAUGAUCAAAAUGAGGAAUUGAUAAGUUGCAAAGAAUGCAAGAACCCUUUAAGUUACAAAUCUUAAGUGCUAGACUAAAACUAUUGCUGUAGCAAUGUCGGAACAUCACUCUUGGGACUAUAUUUAAGACUGACUUCACCUCUGGCCAUCAUGAGAUAUAAGACAUAUACUGUAUCAACUGUUAAUCUAAGCUAGGUUGGAAAUAUGUAAGGUCUUGCCAUAAUUCCAAAUAAUGAUAUCAAUAGAUAAAAGCCUAUGAUGAGUCUAAUAUGCAUAAAGAGAACAAGUUUGCUUUGGAUUGUUCUAAGAUAACCUGAGGAUUGGAAAAGAUAUUAGAGUAGCAGCAAAUGUGGGGAAGCCAUAGAUCAACAAUUUCAACAAGAUCUGAAAGAUACAAUCUUGACAGCGAAUACAAUUACUGAUUUUAAGCUAAACUAUAAUUUAAGUAUAAGGUUUAAUUCAUCUAUAUUUACUAACAAUUACUUUGGAUUCAUCCUUAUUAAUCAUUCUACUAGUAUCGAAAUGCUUCAAUAGACCUCAAAGAGUAUUUUGUCUUUAGAUGACGAAGCGAAGAUGUAUUUUGAUGGAGUUUGUGAUUAAUUUGGAUUUCAAAAACCAUGCUUCAAGACAAUCGAUCUCACUGGCAAUAUCCAAAGCGACAGGAGAAUUAGCUUUGAUACAGUUAGCAAUUUCAACUAUGAACUAGGAGAUUUGAAAUAAAAAUCUUUAUCAGUUGAUGAAACUAUUUAAUAAAACAGUGGAGGAUCUGAAACAACUUUUACCUAUUCUUAAAACUAUCAAGCGAUUCUAGAUUUUAUUUGGAAGGUAAAUACAGGAUUGAGCAUUUAAGGCUUUGAUGUCUAUACCAAUCAAAAUUAUGCUCUGACUGAUUUCCCAGAGAUUUCUAAGAAUCAAGAAAGAAUCAAACUUGACAGUGAUGUGGCUCAAGACUUCAAAGUACAAAAGAAAUACAUAGUAAAUAGGGAUAUAAAGGUUCCAGCCAAACAAUAAGUAACAGUAGAUUAUAAAAUAAAUCAGGAGAUCCAGAACGCAGUAUGGUCAUUUGAUCUAGUCCUUCGUGGCUGCAUUGUUGUAGAAUUUAUGAAUAAAAUGUCAGGAUAGAUGUACAAUCUAAACUAUAUUGACGAAGUAUUUAAGAAUACUGCUGGAAUGACCUGUAAGAGAGAUGCAACUAUGUCAGGAUGUGACUCUAGCACCUGCACCUAUAAAGUCUCAGGAACUUAUCAAUCAACCAAGUCAUCAACAGAUGAUUUAUAGACUAAGAAUUUACCUUUGGCUAUCAUCUAAUGA